AUGUCGGACCGGGCUGACAAGAUUCGAGAUCUGUAUCUCAAAGGAAAGGAACUCUUUCCGCGCCAGACUAUGGAGGUCAUGGGGAAGAUACUUAAAGGAUACAAAACGGGGAAAUGUAAAAACGCAGAUUUUAUAAUUCCGGACUACGUUGAUGGAAACGAAAGUCCUCACCCUAACGAGGUUACUUUAGAUCUGGGAUACCACGUGCAUGUAGAAGGAGCAAAGCUGAAGGCAAUGGGAUACGUCCCAAUUCAGAUGUUCCGAUUGGGUCUGGGGCACCAAAUUACCGUCUUGGAAUCGGACUUUGACAAGGCUUAUGCUCAAAAUUUGAAAGCUCCUAAAGCCCAUGAUAUCCAGGAGCUUGAAAAUUUGCGGGAUGAGGCCUACAAGAACUGGAUCAUGAAUCCCGCAAGAGACUCAGUGCAAGCUACACUCAAGGGAAUCAAGAUUGGAAAACUCAAGAAAGUCACGAAGAUAAUUGCAUUCGGGAAUGGCUCCUUGUGGUACGGCUGGAAAAGGGAGAUGGGCUUGAUUAAAAAUUUCGUGGCCCAACACGCUGUUAUACAAGAGAUACGGGAUUUCAUACAGAAAACCUGUAACCAGGAGGUUACUUGCUAUGCACAAGAGCCCAAGUAUACCCCAGCAGACGAGAAGGUGCUCCUUGCACAUUUCGGAAUCCAGCCAUUGGAAGAAAUAGAGGCGCUCCUACAAGUCGAUGAGAAAACACUUGUUUUCGCCAUGAACCAGGACAUGCCUCUUCUGCAAAUCCUUGCUGAUAUUUCAAAACCACCAGCUAUGAUCCUUUGCGGAGAGGUCAACAUAACUGAAAAGUUGGAAGAUUACGACAGUAAAAAAAUGUCUGCCUGUCCAACCUCUCCCAGGGUCCAAAGCCUCAUUCAUAGCUACCUCGAGCCGCUUAAAAUUGAUGAUACUGACUCGCUUUUCGAGAGUGGGAACAAGACAAGGCUCUAUGUUCUGAAAUGA